AUGGCAGCCUUUCCAAACCUCAACUCUGAUGCUGGAUUGAAGAAGCUCGAUAAGCAUCUUCUCACUCGCAGUUUCAUCACCGGUUACAAUGCUACAAAGGAUGAUAUCAUCGUUUAUGCGGCUCUCGUAAAUCCUCAAACUUCAAUUUAUGUGAAUCUUUCUCGCUGGUACAACCACAUAAAGACCCUCUUGAUUUUUUCAGGCAUUUCUCCUGAAGGGAGUGGUCUCACUAUUGAUGGAUUAGUGGCCUCCAUCACAAAAGAGGCACUUUUUCCUGCUUCUAUUGAUGGUGUGGUUGACCCUAUCGCGGAGGAGACCGUAGAGGAAAAGAAAGCUGAUGAAGAAGAGAGAGUAGGUUCUUCGAAAGCAUCAUCAAGAAAGAUAAUAAAAUCUAGCAAGUCAUGGGUGAUGAUUAUCACACCGCAGAAUGAUGAGACGGACAUGAAGAAGCUAGAGGAAGCUGUAAGAUCCUUUCGAAUGGCAGGAUUGUUUUGGGGAGGAUCAAACCUUGCCCCUAUUGGUUAUGGAAUCAAGUUGUUGCGGAUCAAAUUCACAAUUGUUGACGACCUUUCACAUUGCUACGGAAUUCUAUGGAAAAUGAUAAUUCCAAGUGCCCAGACCUAUGACUUUAUCCCCUUGAAGAACUCUUUAAUUGUUAUGGAGUCGAAUGCUGACGAAGCCGACGUGAAGAAGCUAGAGGAAGCUGUAAGAUCCAUUAAAAUGGAAGGAGUAUUGUUUUGGGGAGCAUCAAAGCUUCUCAAAACAAGUUGUGGAACCAAGGUCUUGGGGAUGGAGUGCAGCACCGUUGAACACUUUGUGUGUCUUGACACCACUGUCAAAGAACAAAUAAUAGCUAAUGGGUAUGUCGAGCGUUGUCACAUUUUCGACACGAAAGGAGUAUCUGCAUGGUGUGGUAUCGAUAAAGAGCCCCUUGCUACUCGUCUGGCAGAUGAUUCUGAGGAUGUUACAGCUUCUCUGAAGGCAACGACAGAGAAGAGUCGAUCUGAGAAGUCAUGGCUAAUGCUUGUGAGCAAAGUUGGUAAAAAUGAGGUUAAUAAAUUCAUAAGGUUGACCGAGAAAGAAGGACUGAUUUGGGGAGCAUCAAAAGUUGUCAAAGUUGGCUAUGGAAUCGAGUGUCUGCGGAUCAUAUUCACCAUUGUUGACGAUCUUGUGUGUCCCCACACCAUUAUCGAAGGAGCGCAAAAGUGUCUCGAGAGUAUUGUUGUUAUCGCCUUGAACAAGAUAUGUAAGUAUCCAAAACCAAUUUCAACUCCUUGA